UUUUGACUGAAACAAACCAUAUUCAGAAGCACUCUAACAGUUCUUUCUCCAAGUUCUUUUGUCUUUUUGAGCUUUAACGCGUAUUAUUUUGAAACAGAGGGAGGCAAUAUGGUAGCCAGCUAGAGGCUGAGCGUUGCCCGGGAAACACCAGAGCUUGGUUUCUUAGGUGGAAAAAAACUGAAGCGGGACUGGAGGAUAUCUCCCCGCCUCGGGUAUCCCAGAUUUGAUUCGCCGACAUGGGGGUAUCUUCCUCUGCUACUACAGAGGAGUAGGUGAACCGAGACUCCGAUCCUAGCGUCGAAGAGAAAGGCCAGGAGCACGAAGGCAGGAGGAGUUCUUCCUUUAAGUGCCUGAAACAAUGUAACAGUGAGCGUCUCCAUCAUCCUCCUGCUUUCCUGACACUUAACAGUUUAAUAGGGGAAAAUGACAAAUAGGAGUGCAAUGAGUGUUUGAAGAGUGGAGUCCUGAUCCAGCCUGUUGAGUUAAGUAAAGUGUCACUUACAGAAGUGUCAUUUAGGGCAUUUUUCAAACUGCAAGUGACUGGGUUUUUUGUGAGAUUGUAAAUGUACCACGGAAGUUACAAUUAAUUUGAGAAGAAUGGAAGAAGGCCAACUAGAAGGCUCAAAUCUUCCAGCAAAAGUCUGGCAUUCUGAGGUGACAGUGUCAGUAAUAGGCGAGCCACCCAGUGCUGUAGAAGAAGAAAAAGAAAUAGCUGAAGAAACAGACAGAGAAGUCAUCCCGGAAAUCAUAGAGCCACUCUCCAUUCUAGAUGUGCUGAGGAUCUCUGCAGUUCUGGAAGAUACCACAGACCAGCUCUCUAUUCUAAACUAUAUCAUGCCAGUUCAGUAUGAAGGAAGACAAAGCAUCAGCAUGAAGAAAAACAAGAGCUUAGAAAAACUUCCAGAGGCUUCAAGACCCUUAAAAAUAACCAGUCCAUUCUUACCUAAAGAAGAAACCAAGUUGCCAGAAAUCCAAAAAGGAAGCCAGUUUACCAACGAGUUUAACAAAAUGCAAGAUCUUGUCUUCAAAACACCUACAAGACAGACCAUAAUGUCUGUGGAGAUACUGAAGAAAAUUCAGAUUGAUAGGCAAUUUCUCAGCGAUAUAAUUACAGAUACCAGGCAGGAGUUGGAAGAGUCAGGCACUUUCACUAGUCUCAAGAAAGCCCUGGGCAAAGAGAGGGAAAACAAAAUGCAUUUCUAUGAUGUCAUUGCCAGGGAGGAAAAAGGAAAAAAACAGAUAAGAUCUCUUCAAAAACAGCUACUUAAUGUCAAAAGAGAACGGCAAGCUGAAGUGCAGAGUCGGAAUGAGUAUAUUGCUCACCUCAGGGACCAGUUGCAAGAAAUGAAGGCAAAAACCAACAUGGAAAAUCGCUAUAUGAAGAAAAACACUGAGCUGCAGAUCUCCCAGACCCAGAAGAAAUGUAACAGAACUGAGGAGCUUUUGCUGGAAGAGAUAGAGAAACUGAGGUUGAAAACUGAAGAAGAGAACAGGAUUCAUCUGGAGAUUGAAACAUUCCUUAGAAAAGAGCAGCAGAAACUUGAGGAAAAGCUAGAGUUCUGGAUGGAGAAAUUUGAUAAGGACACGGAAAUGAAACAGAAUGAACUAAAUGCUCUCAAAGCUGCUAAGGCCAGUGACUUAGCACACCUUCAAGAACUUGCAAGGACGAUAAGGGAAUAUGAACAGGUCAUCAUUGAAGAUCGGUUAGAAAAGGAGAAGACCAGGAAGAAGAGAGAACAGGAUGACUUGGAGUUGAAGAGCAUCAUAAAGCUCCAGGCCUGGUGGCGAGGCACUAUGGUACGGAGGGAAAUUGGUGGCUUCAGACUGCCUAAGAAGGAGAAAGAUGAUGGCAAGGAUUCUAAACGUAAAGGCAAAGACAAGGACAAGCGGAGAGGCAAGAAAAAGUGACAGAGUUCUCAUCUUUUCCUCUGGUCUUCUGGCGAUGGGGAGGACUUGGAGGAAGAAACAUUUUAGCAGCACAGACAACUUGUAUCUACAGGUCGUUUCUUAUUGAGCAUUCCCAGGCGCUGCCUGUUCUCUCCCAUUGCCUGUUGUAUUAGUUUUCAAACCCUGAAUUAGGACUAUACCAUCAACUUAGGGCUUCUUCGUAUUUUGAAAAACUUUCACUGGGAAGAAGUAUUUCUAGGAGUCUUGUGAAGAUUCCUGUUGCUUUUUCUUACCAGAAAAAAGUUCAUGGGCUUAUUAGUUGUGAUGCAUUAAAACUUCAGUAAUUUCUGUAAUGUCUCCAAUUCUAUAUUUUGACUACAGUGAAAAAACUCUUGAGCAAAAGUCAAGUGUUCAUUCAGAACUACAAGAUGAUGUUUAUAAAGUGUGUGGCAGAAUACAGACACUGUAAGGUCAACAUUGGUUCCUUCCUGCCUUUUAGGUUAGUAUCACCUGAGUGUUUUUUUGGGGUGGCGGGGCAUGGAAUACAUAUCUUAAGUUGCUUCAGCUCUUUUUCUGGGAAACAGGUAGGCAUAUAAAUUAUAAAUUAAAAAAAUAAUAAACUGGAAUCAACGGAAAUGUUAGGACGUACAAUAGUAUAGUAAAGGCGGGGACCCAGGCCUGCUGGAAAACAAGCCUGCAGGGAGUUUUGAUUAGUGAGACACCGGGGUCUAUGCCUGUUUUGCUCCCUCAACAAUUCUCACCUUCAGGAUAUUAUGGCUAAAAGAGUACAGAUAAUCCAAGCAGAAUGUCUUGGGAAGCUAAAGCUUUCCCUAUUGCACAGUUGGUAAUUUCUUAGAGAAAAGUGUCAAAUGCAUCAUGUGUAUUUCACAAAUUAAGCCUUAUAUGUAAUCCCAAAUGCAGGGCAAUACGGUUAUCUAUACUUCCUUGGAAAAGUUUAAAAAAAAAAUUUAUCUCAAGGGCCUGUUAUGAGGACCCCGUUUCUCCUGAUGUUCUUUUAGGGAACUAAAUAGAUAACCUUUCAUUUUUUGCCAAGGAAACCAUGCUUUAGGUAUGAACAUUUCUUUUCUUCCCCCCCCCCGCCAAAGAUUUUAUUUAUUUAUUUGAACGAGAGAGAACACAAGU